AAUAUGUCUCGUCUUCAAUGGAUUUUCUCGGGGAUCCUUCUCGUCGCCUUCAUGGCAGCAGAAGCGGUUUUAGACGACGAAACGCAAAAAACAAUCGACGGAAUCUGCAGACAGACAAAGGAUUACAGAUUCUGCGAGGGAAUCUUCGUUGAAAACCUGAAAACUUCAUCGCCGAGCAUCAAAGAUCUGGUGAAUGUGACGGUGGGACGGUCGGAAAUGUUCUCGGCAAACACGAUCUUCUUCAUCAGCCAGCUUCUACGCAACGUCGGGAGCGAGAGAGACGGAUUACAGAUGUGUGCAGAUGCUUACGCUAAAGUGAACAUCGCGUUCUCGUUGGCUGUCUCGUGGAUUCGGCAGGGACAGUACAGUGAGGUUCUCGAGCUGGAAGAGAGUGUUUCGAAGGAUGUCGAGAUCUGCAAGACGGAUUACGAUGUUCCGUCGUACGACGUGAAUCCUAUGAUCGAGAGGAACGGAAAGAUGACGAUCUUGAUGACCAUGGUUAGGAUUGUGUGUCAUAUGUUGGAUCUUUGAUCAUGAGUACAUGUCCAUGUUGAUGUUCUUUUUGUUUCUUGAAUAGGACAUGAUACAAGAAAGGGAAUAAAGUUUUUCGGUC